UAAAUAAUAUCCGGUCGGAGUGCCGUAUUUAAAUUUUCUGGUUCCCACCUCCUUCAUUUCGAUAUAACGUAGUGAUAAAGGGGGAUUGGCGGGGCGGGAACCAGACUACUAUUGAAAUUGAAAGUACACACGCACAGGUUUGAUGGAUGUCACUACAGUGAAGCAUCUUCACAUCGUGACUCCCACCAUUCACAGCACACCACUGUCAAAACUCGCUGGGUUCCAGGUUUUUCUAAAACUAGAAAACCUUCAGGUGCCAGGCAGCUUCAAGAUCCGGGGAAUCGGUAACCUCUGUCAAAAGGCUGCAGAGAAGGGUUGUAAGAAAAUUGUAUGUGCUUCAGGGGGAAAUGGGGGCCUAGCAGCAGCAUAUGCUGCCAGGUGUCUACACAUUCCAUCUACCAUUGUUCUGCCUACAACCACACCAGAAUUUGUGGCUGAAAAACUCAGGGAUCAGGAGGCUACAGUUGUGGUACACGGCAGUGUUUGGGAUGAGGCAAACCAGCAUGCUCUGAAACUUACUAACGACCCGGAUUGUGUGUAUGUUCAUCCAUUCGAUCAUCCAGAUGUCUGGGAAGGACACGAGACGAUGAUUGUGGAGGCCCAAGAGCAGCUGCCUUCCCCCCCAGAUGUGGUUGUGGCCUCAGUCGGAGGGGGAGGACUACUGUGUGGAGUUAUACAGGGCAUGCAGAAAGUGGGAUGGGGUCAUAUUCCAGUCGUUGCCAUGGAAACUGUAGGGGCAGACUGCCUCAAUGUGUCAUUGAGAGAGGACAAAAUUACCACUAUACCAGCCAUUACAAGUAUAGCCAAAUGUCUGGGUGCCCUCACGCCAUGCACACAGGUGUUCAGUUUGUGCAAGAAGUAUAAAGUAAUAUCUCAGCUGUGUACGGAUAAACAAGCUGUGGAGGCUUGUCUGAAGUAUGCCGAUGAUCACCGACAGUUGGUGGAACCUGCAUGUGGAGCCAGCUUAGCGGCUGUAUAUAGCGGUAUACUAAAUGACCUACAAACUCAGGGAAAAUUGGGUCAAGUUAGAUCCGCCCUCAUUGUUGUAUGUGGUGGUAGUGGAGUGACACUAGAUGCUCUCUAUAAAUGGAAAAAUGAAUAUGAACUUUGAUACAAAUACAUGUAUAUUGAAAUAUGGGACACAUUGAUAUUGGUGAUAUUGAAGCUUUGUAUUUCAUUUUGUGAAAUCAGCUGUAUGUGGUGGUUGAUUAUUACUACUGUUAGUGAGGGGAAAAUAAAGAUCUACAAGAGUGGAUGGCUAUCAAUA